GUUACCUUCCUGUCUUUCCUUCCUGCUCAAAGUUCCUCUUUUCUGAGCUUGGUAUUUGCUACCGAUGCUGAUCGUCUCUGUGUGAAGCUUCGUGUUAAGAUGGAGACGUGUGAAAAAGAGCACCAGCUGGAUCCAGGUCAUGCAGCUACAGCAACUUUGUCAGCUUCAUCACCAGAGAAGGAGCUUAACAGGAUUCAUGAGCAAUUUUUGAAGAAGGUAUCAGAAGAACUCCUUAAACAGCUCCUUGAUGCUCUGGCACGCGAUGGUGUCUUCAAUGAUUUGGAGAAAGAAUCAGUACUUCCGGAGAACAAAAUCAGAGUAGAGAAGGCUCGUAACUUGAUUGACAAGGUGAAGAAAAAAGGAAACGAAGCCAGCAGGAAAAUGAUCAGAUACCUCCAGACCAUGGAUCCCAAUCUCUCUUCUGCACUACAUCUGUCCUUGUCAUUCGAUCCAUCUGCUCAGCAAGAGAUUAUUCAAAAAUGUCAACCUAAACUCAAGUCAAAGCUGAAAAAGAAGUUCCGGUGUCUAUCUGAGGGGAUUGCUAGAGCAGGAAUCAAAGCCCAACUGAAUGAGAUCUACACAGAGCACUACAUCACAGAGGGAGGGACUGCAGAGGUCAAUGGUGAACAUGAGGUCAGACAGACUGAAAGAGCAUCCAGGAAACCAGACAGACCAAAAACAAAAAUCAGACAAGAAGACAUCUUUAAACUGCCACCUGGAAGAAAAGCACCAGUAAGAACAGUUCUGACAAUGGGAGUAUCUGGCAUUGGGAAAACAGUCCUCACACAGAAGUUCACUCUGGACUGGGCUGAAGGCAAAGCCAACCAGGACAUCCAGUUCAUAUUUCCAUUCACUUUCAGAGAGCUGAAUGUGCUGAGAGAGAAAAAGUUCAGCUUGGUGGGACUUGUUCAUCGCUUCUUUUCUGAAAUCAAAGAAGAACGAAUCUGCAACUUUGAAGACUUCCAGGUUGUGUUUAUCUUUGAUGGUCUGGAUGAGUGUCGACCUCCUCUCAGCUUUCACAAAACUACAAUCCUAACUGACCCUAGAAAGUCCACCUCAGUUCUGCUCGCGUCUGGAUAA